CACACCAUCACUAAUUCACAGUCUCAAAAGUUUGUUUAUACGUGGACUCAAUAGUCGUGACCUACAUCUUAACGUCGUCGUUUCUUCGCAUUCCUAACUAACCAACGCCGGAAACCAAUCGCCAAUGUCGGUAUCUGGUGGCACUGUGAUCGCCGGCCGUCGUAACACACGGCAUCUUGUCGAGAACCGUUUCUACAGCCCGCCAGCGCUACGAAAACAGAGACAAGAACAGGAACAGAAGCAGGAGUUAACGUUGGUGGAGAACAGGCCUUGUUCUUCUUCCGAUAGCUCUGUUUCUUCGCAUGAGACAACGUGCGAUGCUUCCAAUUUGUGUCGGUUUUUGGAACACACCACGCCUCUUGUUCCUGCUCAGAAUUUUUCUAUGAGAAGUAAGAGGAGAUGGAAAAUAAUGGAGACAGAAUUGCAGCCAUACUUUGUGCUUGGGGACUUGUGGGAAUCUUUCAAGGAGUGGAGUGCAUACGGGGCUGGUGUUCCAUUGGUGUUGACUGGGAAUGAAUCUGUCACACAGUAUUACAAUGUCUCCUUGUCUGCUAUUCAGCUUUAUAUUGAUCCAUCAAAACCGUCCCCUCAGUUAAGAAAACCUAGUAAUGAGAGUGAAACCGAAUCGGCUAGAGAAACAAGCAGUGAUAGCAGCGGUGGCUAUUGUCGUGAAAGAGGAGCUAAGAGUGUAGUUAAUGGCAGUUCGAACCAACCUAACUUCUCUGAUGCAAGCAUUCGUGGUCUGCAAAGAAUUUCACUAAGUGACAAGAAUGAAAGCUGCAGUGCACUUGGUCAGCUUGUAUUCGAAUACUUUGAGCGUGAAACACCUUAUAAUCGUGAACCAUUAGCAGAUAAGAUUUAUGAUCUUGCUGAACAAUUUCCUGAGUUGAAGACAUACCGGAGCUGUGAUCUUUCACCUUCAAGUUGGGUUUCAUUGGCUUGGUAUCCAAUAUAUAGAAUACCUAUCGGUCCGACACUACAGGACUUGAGCGCCUGCUUCCUCACCUUCCAUUCCCUGUCAACACCUUCGCAAAGUCAUUGUUCGAAAGAUAGCGACAUAUCCAACCUAUCACUACCAAUCUUCGGGCUUGCCUUUAAUAAGUUCAAAUUUUCUGUCUGGGAUCCCAAUGGCGAUUCUGAAGGUCAGAAAGCCAAUUCUCUGUUGCGAGCUGCUGACAACUGGCUUCGGCAACUGCAAGUUAACCAUCCUGAUUACAAUUUCUUUGUUUCCCAUUAUUCAUAUUGUAGAUGAGCAGAGUUUUCUCUAAACUGAAGCAGCUGGUAUACUGUUAUUUUCUUUGCCGGCGUAUUGAAAAUUAUUGAUACUGUAUCAGUUUUAAAGGGUCUGUUCUUCUGUUUUCAGAGAGGAUGCAAGUCCUUUAACUUACAGUUUCUGCUUUUCUGUAGAAAAGAUCAAAUUUGUCUCUGGAAAAUGUAUAUUUCACAUGGCACUCACUUUGUUCCUAGUUGUGUACAGACGAUGACUUACAUUAUAAUCAUCCUCAGUAGGCAUCCUUAUUGUGAGAUGUAAUUCUUACAUAAAUCCAGCACUGUACUGCUGGGUUAUUCUUGAAUGGCUAAAUCAAUGAGAUAUUAAUUUAUUAGGAUA